AUGGGAGUGACGCUCCAAGAAUCUAAAGCCAAAAAUUUAAACUUCCCACAGACUGAACUUUUAAGGAAAUUCUCAUCAAUUUUGAAAUUACAAAGAAUCAUUGCUUACUGUUUUCGUUUAGCAGAUAAGUCUCAAGAAACAGGGCCAAUAACAGUAAAGGAACUCGGUAGGGCUCUGAACAGAAUAUUGCUAUGGACCCAAGAGAAGGCAUUUCCAAAGGAAAUUGCAAAUUUGCGGGCCGGGAAGGUAAUCGAUAGUCGAAGUCCUUUAAUGAACCUCAAACCAUGUAUAGAUAACAUUGGCCUUCUGAGAGUAGGAGGACGAUUGAACAACGCAAGAAUCUCAGAGGAGCAAAAACAUCCUAUCAUUCUUCCUGCAAAGCAUCAUAUAACGACGAUACUGUUUCGCGAGGAACAUCUUAAAUUGUUACACUGCGGUCCACAACAACUUUUGAGUUCCAUACGCAAUAGAUACUGGCCCUUAUCAGGAGCACGAGAGGCUCGCAAAAUAACACGUGGCUGCGUGUCGUGUUUUCGAUAUAAACCGAAAGCGCAAGAACAUAUGAUGGCAGACUUGCCAGAGUCUAGAGUCAACGUAUUCUCUAAGCCUUUUGAGAUCACAGGAGUGGACUAUGCAGGACCUCUGCAGGUUAGAGAAAGUCGAAGAAGAGGACGAAUUCAUAUAUCAAAAGGUUAUAUUGCCGUGUUUACCUGCUUUGCAACAAAGGCAGUACACUUGGAGUUGGUAGGAGAUCUGACUACAGCAAUGUUUUUAGUAGCACUUCGGCGAUUUACGAGUCGAAGAGGAAUCUGUUCCACUAUUUAUUCGGAUAAUGCUACGAAUUUCACAGGAGCAGCACAAGAACUGAAAGAUAUCUAUACAUUCCUAAAAAUGCAUAAUUCUAAAUUACAGACAGCCUUAGCAGCCCAGAGGAUCGAAUGGAGAUUCUUACCACCGAGAUCACCUCAUUUUGAGGGACUGUGGGAAGCAGCAGUAAAGUCGAUUAAAAAACACCUGUACACGGUAACCAAAGGACUAACUUAUACAUUCGAAGAAUACAGCACUCUACUUGUUGAGAUAGAGUCCGUUUUAAACUCUCGUCCUCUCAUGCCAAUACCUUCAGACCCUAACGAAAUCUCUAUUCUUACUCCUUCCCACUUCCUCAUUGGGGCUACACCAUUAGAACCUGUUUCACAAAGUCAUCUCGAGAUUCCAGACAAUCGUUUGACAAGGUGGCAGCAUAUCCAGAAACUGAAGCAACACUUUUGGCAGAGAUGGCAAAAAGAGUAUUUUUAUCAUUUUCAGAGCCGAACUAAAUGGACUUCCGGAGCAGAGAAUUUAAAGGUCGACACGAUAUUUCUACUGUUGGGUGAGAAUCAGCCUCUACUACGAUGGGCCUUGGGUCGAGUCAUCAAGGUCUACCCUGGCGCAGAUGGCGUUGUUCGAGUUGCAGACGUCAAAACAGCCCAAGGACAAUUUCGAAGAAGCGUCAGAAAACUUUGUGCCUUACCUUAUGAACACUAA